AUGGCGGCAAUCAACUUAAGACGUCUUCUGGCUGUAAAGAACAAUAUAAUUCAUUUGCUGUUGCUGAAAAGACGUCAAAAGCGCUUAAAUAGGUACAAAAAACGGUUCUCAGUUAGACAGAUUUAUGCAGAACGAAAACAGAAAGGCGAAUAUCAUCUUCUUGUCAAAGAACUUAUGCUUCAUGAUCAAGAAUAUUUUUUUAACUGUUUUCGGAUGUCGCCAACUAUGUUUGAACAAUUACUGUCUUGGAUAGGACCACUUCUCCAAAGAGCUACCACUAAAAUGCGUGAGCCAAUUGGCCCUAGCGAGAGACUGUGUGUUUGCUUAAGGUACUUGGUUACUGGUGAUGCCCAAGUUACAAUUGCUGCAAGUUACAGGAUAAGUGCUGCAGUUGUGGGAAGGAUUAUCAAUGAAACUUGUGAACUGUUGUGGAACACUCUGAUCGAAAAAGGUUAUGUUAAGCACCCGUCAACAGAGAAUGAAUGGAAAGUAAUUGCCGAAGAGUUUGAGACUUGUUGGAACUUUCCUCACUGUGUAGGUGCCAUAGACGGUAAACAUGUUUUAAUGCAGGCUCCGGGUAAUUCAGGAUCUGCUUACUUCAACUACAAGAAAACGUUUAGUAUUGUUCUUAUGGCUGUGUGUAAUGCCAAGUAUCAGUUUACUUUAGUCAAUAUUGGAGACAUUGGACGACAAAGCGAUGGUAGUGUCUAUGGUUGCAGUCAUUUAGGUUAUGCCAUUGAGAAUAAUCAACUGAACAUUCCAAGUGAGAGCAAGCUAACUAAUUCAGAGAAAGUUCUGCCAUACGUGUUUAUUGGUGAUGAUGCGUUUGGUUUAAAAACACACAUGAUGAAGCCUGUCCCUUCACAAAACUUACCACCUGACCAACAUGUAUUUAAUUAUAGAUUGUCGCGGGCACGAUGA